AUGCUUUAAAAUAUAAGAAUCUGGAAAAAAUUAAUUUAUCCAAUCCCUCGAUACUAUUUUUUCCAGCCACCAUUAUUUGAUGCUAAUAAGGAUUAUUAUAAAGUACUGAAUUGCACUCAUACUGAUUCAGAACUAAAACUAAAAUAAGAAUAUUAUAAAUUAGCUAAAUAAUAUCAUCCAGAUAUCAACAAAGGCUAUGAAGAAAAGUUCAAACAAAUAACAGAAGCUUGGGAUGUAUAUUUCUAAUAUCUAAAAUAGGUGUUAUCAGAUAAACAUAGAAAGUAAUAGUAUGAUGCUGCAAGAACAUAUAAUACAGAUUUCAUUAAAAAUACUUCAAAUUCUUAUGGUUACAAUCAAUCUAAUUAACAACACUCGUCCAGAAGUUUAAAAUUAUUACAUUAUUAAAGGCAAUACCAAUCAUUAGUAAUUUUCUAAAGAGCAAAUGGAACAAAUGUAAAAAUAGGCUGAAGAAAUUAUGAAAAUGUUUUAAAGUGGUCAAUUCAACUAAUUUUCUUAAGCAUUCAAAGAAGCAACUAAAAAUGACCCUAAAUUCAAAAAUGUUCACACCUUUAUCAAUUUUGCAGAAAAAGCAGAGGAAUUUUUUAAAGAAAGAUAAAAAACUCAUUUGGAAAAUGAAAUUAAAAAAGAGUAGAAUUUUUCAAAUUUUGCUAACAAAGAAGACAAACUUAAAUAAUCUGUUAAUGACAUUUCUAAUGGAAUUAAAAGUAUUUGGAAUAAGAUUAAAAAAAAUAAAUGA